AUGGCCGACACCGCCACCGACACCGCCACCGACACCGCCACCGACACCGCCACCGACACCGCCACCGACACCGCCACCGACACCGCCACCGCCGCCACCGCCGCCACCGCCGCCGACACCCCCAAGAGGCCCGUAGUCUGCGUCUUCUGCGGCGCCUCCGAGGGCGCGUCGCCCGCGCACAUGGAGUCCGCCCGCGCGCUCGCCCGCGCGCUGCACGCCUCAGGCAGCACGCUGGUCUACGGCGGCGGCACCGUCGGGCUGAUGGGCGAGGUGGCGCGCACGCUGGUCGCGCUGUCGGGGCCCAGCGCCGUCCACGGCAUCAUCCCCGCGCCGCUCGUCGCGCUCGAGCAGAACGCCGGCCCGGCCUCGGCCGCGGGCCACGCCAUCGACGAGGCCGUCUACGGCCGCACCACCGUCGUCAGGGACAUGCACACGCGCAAGCAGAUGAUGGCCCGCCACGUCAUCGCCGGCGGUGCGGGCGGCGGCUUCGUCGCCCUGAGCGGCGGCUACGGCACCCUCGAGGAGCUGAUGGAGAUCACCACGUGGAACCAGCUGGGCAUCCACAGCAUGCCCGUCAUCGUCUACAACGUGGAUGGCUACUGGUCCGGCUUGCUGGACUGGGUGAGGGGCGCCGUCCAGAGCGGCUUCGUGAGCGCGACCAACGCCGGCAUCAUCCAGGAGGCGCGGCACCCCGACGACGUCCUGAGGGUGCUGAGGGAGUACCAGAACGCCCCGGGGAGGUUCAAGCUGACGUGGGACGAUGAGUAG